CUCUGCCGGCUGGUGGAAGCGCCAGACCUCCUCCUCGGUUCUCUACUUUCUCCAUCCCGCGGACGAGUCUAUACAGCUUCUCAAGUUGAGCCCAGACGCACACAGAUAUAACACGCACAGCAAGAGGGAAAGAUCCGACAGGACAGACUAAGGGAGGAAGGAGAACGGACGGAGUUACUGCCGGGCGAAGGGAAUUUGGAUUUUAUUUAACAUAUUGGCGUUAAACCACCGAGUUUUCCUUCUUUGUUUCAAACCUGCCUAGGAAGUGGACUUUUUAAAAUUCAGUUGGGAGUUCUUGCUCCACUCUGCUGGUCUGUUUAAACUUUGGAAGAAAGAAAAGUGUGAUAGAAGGAGAGACAGUGAGGCUUUAGUCGUCCCAUUUGGAUGAAUAAAGCAGAGGAGCACACCGGCGGAAAAAGCUCCUCUCGGUGAAGACGGGUUCAUUCCUCGGUUCUGUCUUGAAGAAGAGACAUCGCACUUUUUUUGAGAGAUGGAUUAAAGAAGAACUCUGUGCCGUAAUUGCUAAUUGGGGAUUUCUCCUUUAUUACUGACUGUAGAAGGAUUUAUAGUUUACUCAAAACGUCAUUUGCGCGCUGUCUUAAGUCAAGCACAGUGGGAGCGCCGUUUUGCCAAAAUGAGAUUAUUGAUGGCACCGUCGCGGUAGUGAUCGGUCUGAGGGAAGAGACGAGCUAAAAGUUGAGAGGUCCGCUUUGGUUCAAUUUGUGAACAGUCCCGUGGCUUCUUUCUUUAUUCCCCCUUUUCCAUUUUUUACCAAUAGGAGGGAUGGAGACGAUCUGGAGAAGGGGAGGCGCGCCGGUGGGAUGUCGCCUCUGAAGGACGGUGCUCCUUCUUUUCCUGUGGAAAGUGUCAGAUAGCCAAGCUGGAGCAGCAGGGCUCGGAAUAGGAGGAGGGCCAGACUCCUCUCAGCUCCGUUUCUCCAGCUCGCUCCCCACUUACCUCCCAGUCCAAUGCCAGCUAAGUGGUGCUGACUCCGCCUUCUUCCUGCGGGAAGCUAAUCAGGAGGUAAUGCGAAAUGGCAGCCUAUCAUCGCGGACUGAGCCCUUCUUUCUCCAUCAGCUGGAACCAGGCGCUGCGGCCCCACAAUCCCUGCCAAGUGUCAAUUGCAGCUACGGAAACAUGAGUGUUGAACAGCCAAUCCCUGUGGAGCUGCUUCAGGGUGCCCCACCUCAUCUGCUGCUGACGUCUAACCAGGUGACUCUGAACUGGAAAGUCAAAGGUCAAGUUGUGGUGCCGAAGGUGGGGUCAACACGGCCAUGGAUACAGGUACUGUUUUACCUGGUAGGGCGGCGGUGGGACGAACCCGACCCGCCAUCUCCAUCCCUCCUCCCAUGUGUCAGAGCCUUGGCCAUUCGUGACACCAGUGAAGCAGCACCCUCGGCAGGCUGCCGACUUGUGGGACCAUCUCGCAUCUGUGUUGUCCGUCUGGAGAUUCCCCCAGCUUGGUUUACACCCCCACAAGUGAGAAAAAGACCAACAGAAGUGACUCUACCAUCACUGGAUGUGUACUACUCCAUCAUACCAGUUGAAGGAGCUGGUCAGGAGUGUCCCUCCAUUGUUAACGAGCCAUGGAGAGGGCAGAGUGCAAAUGCUGGGCCCCUUGGAAGCCUGGCCAUGGGCCUUGGGGGACAGUGGAGCCCUCUAGUGGAUGGGGGUCUUCAGGACAUGCUGAAAGCUGGUUCUGUGUUAAUGACCAUGGGCCCGGUUUCUGCCAAAGGAGAAAGAUUGCGACUGGAUGAAAAUGUGGAGGUUCUGGUGCCGCCCAGCCCAGUUCGACUCGGCAAGACGGUGGCAUUUGGCAUCUAUAUGAAGACAGAUUCAAACACGGAACAGUUUAUAUUGAGGGUGUGGUUCCAGUCAGGCAUCAACUUUCUGGCUGUGAAACCGAGCAACCUUGUUGCAUGGGAGAUCAAACAGGAAAUGGCGCCGGGAAGCAGUUCACUGGCGGUGAUGUGUCAGAGGAAGACUUCUUCCACAGCAGAGAGACUGGAAAGUCCAUCAUAUGAGGUGAUGCAGCUGGACUUUGAGGUGGAUAAUGUGAUCAACCUGGUGCCAACUCAGACUCUACACUGGAAUGUUGAGUACCCAACUGGCACACAGACGACUUCCAGGCAAACAGAGAAGGUCUCACACCUCUACAUCAGCAAUGCUGACAUACAGGGCAUUGUACCACUGGCUGAGGAUACAGAAGUGGUGAACAUGGCCAUUCUUACAGGUCAACGCAUCGCGGUGCCAAUCAAACUGGUUACUGUGGAAACUGACGGUCAGGUCAGAGAGGUGGAUGACUCGGUCACCUGCAGCUCAACGGACGUGGAUGUGGUCAAGGUUUCCCCUAACUGUGACCAGGUUUUGGUGAAUGGUAAAGAAAUGCGUGGUAGGCAGUCUCUGGCAGUCAACUUCACCUACCUGCACCUCUCUGCUCAGCUGCAGCUCACUGUCUGGGUGCCCAAGCUCCCUCUGCAGAUAGACGUGUCAGAUACUGAGCUGAGCCAGGUCAAAGGCUGGAGGGUGCCGAUCAUCACCAACAAGAGACCUACCAGAGACAGUGAAGAUGAUGAGGAUGAUGAAAAGAAAGGCAAAGGCUGUACCCUACAGUACCAGUAUGCCUUGGUGCGGGUCCUCACCCAUUUUGUUGCAGAACCCUCUGAUCCAGGAGGAGAGAUGGUCUACAUGUUGGGUGCAGACUGGCAAGCUGAUAUCACUCACUUGGUCUUGGACCAGCUAAAGGUAGAAGAUCCUCGCAUUGCCAGACUGAUAGAUGGACGGAUUUUAAUGGGCCGGGAUCUGGGCAUCACCACUAUACAGGUUCUGUCCCCACUGUCUGACUCUAUCCUGGCAGAGAAGACUGUGACUGUGUUGGAUGACAGGGUCACCAUCACAGACCUGGGUGUCCAGCUGGUUGCAUCUCUGUCCCUCAGUAUGACAACAAAUCCUGGAAAUAAUCAAGCUAUCCAGCUAACGACUACAGCUACAGACUUGCUACACACACCUAAACAGGAAGCUGUAAUCAGUGCGUGGAUCCAGUAUAGUGAUGGUUCAGUGACCCCACUUGAUAUCUAUGAUCCCAAGGACUUCCUCCUCUCAGCUGUCUCAGUGGAUGAGCGUGUCAUCUCUAUAACUAAUCAGGAACAGCACUGGCCAAUUGUAGUAGCAGAGGGAGAUGGACAGGGCCCACUGGUUCGUGUAGAGAUGGUCAUCUCUGAGACCUGCCAGAAAUCCAAACGGCAGAGCGUACUGGCAUCUGGAGUUGGUAAUGUAAUUGUGAAGUUUGGAGCAAAGAGUGAAGAAAGAGGUGUGAUGGGAAGAGGUGGACAGGAGAAUGGAGGGGGGAUGGACAAUAGCACCAAUGAGCAACGAACAAAGGAUGGAGGAGAGUGGAAGUCCAAUGGCGCAGCUGUGGAUCGAGAGGAAGGAGCCAUGAGGAAGGUUAGCACAACAACCAAGAGCACAGUAACCCAUCAUGGUUCAGGUGGUAAACCUGCCAGGGGAGGCAGCAGCAGCAGCCGAGGCAGUGGUCCAAGCCAAGCAGGGGACUACAGCAGCUACCCAGCACAGGUGGAGGUGCCAGGAGCUGGAGAGAGCGAGCUGACUCAGACCACCAGAGGCCUGUCGGACCUGGAGAUUGGGAUGUAUGCCCUUCUUGGUGUAUUCUGUCUGGCAAUAUUGGUCUUCCUCAUCAACUGCGUCAGUUUUGCUUUCAGAUACCGCCACAAGCAGGUCCCUGUGCUGGAGGCAGGAGGCAACAUGAACCAUGCCCAUGACUGGGUGUGGCUUGGCAACGAGGCUGACCUUUUGGCUGAUCACUCAGACCAGUGUCAUGGUGGGCUGCCGGAUGAGUGCACCACCAUUAUUGACCGGAAUGAUGGAGGAUAUGAGGAGAAUAAGUACCUGCUCAAUGGGGCUGGUAACACCUUGGUGAUGGGUGUGGGCACAGGCAUGGGCACAAUUAGCAGGAGUGGUAGCACAGGUGGACACCGGGGCAUCACCCAUGGACAAACCUUGCCCAGAUCUGUCCCAGAACCACAUCAGUGCCUUUCAGCAAUCACUGCUGGUGGCAAAGAUGCUACUGGCCAAGCAGAGCAUCUGAAUAAUUCCCCCCGAGCCAUGUCGGCAUCAUCAGCAGCAGCUGCCAAACGCAAACGUGUCAAGUUCACAUCUUUUGCCACUGUUCUACCCAAUGAUAAUUCGGGUGGGGGUGGCCCGUACACCAACUCCUCAGUCCUGGUGAGCAAUGGGAGUGAGGAUGACAUCAAGUGGGUGUGCCAGGAUAUGGACCUGGGUCAGUCUGAAAUCAGAACCUACAUGGAGAGGCUACAAGACAAUCUGUGACUGAUGGGAGAGAGGAUGAGUGCAGCAGGGGGAGGAUGGACAAUGAGGUCAAAUCACCUGUAAUGCCUUUGCAAUGGAUGAAGGGAGGGAGAAUAGGAGGAAUAAAUGAGAACAGCAAAGGGAACAUGAAGUGUGGUGAAGAUUAUUGAACAAACAGUGUAAGGGAUGCUUACAUUCAGCUCCCUGUAGGCUAUGGAAAGCAUACUGUCAUCACUAGCUCACACUGAAAUCAAUGGUAGCAAUCAAUAAAUAACAUUAUUAUUUACUGUGAAAUUCUUACCAUAAAAAUCAAUAAUAAAGUCACUAUUGGUUAUGAAUGUUUAUUUUCAGGAUACCAGUAAACCAUUGUACUAUACAGUAAAUUCAGGGUAUUUUAUUGGAUAAACAUUAUUAAGCCACUAUUCAUUUAAACAAGGAUGGCAAGUCCUGUCCUGACUUCAGAAGUCUUUUUUUAUCUAAUGGUCUAUUUCCAACAAUGGCUGUGGCUAUUGAUUGAUUAUUGGGAGCUCUAACUUUAAUUUAUAAACCUGCUAUUUAUCUGCCAAGUCUACUGAAUGGUUACAUAAUAAAUCACUGAUUUCUCUAAAGAACAGAUGUACAUCAAUAAUACAUUUGUUCUUGUUCUUCUUUCAUACCCAUUUCCUUUUGGCAUUGCUCAUAAGUAAAAUGUAACAUGUAAAAAAACAAUUAUAUAUAUAUAUAUAUAUAUUCCAAGUACUCAACUAUAGAUUCAGACAUUCUACAGUCACCGGUGAGAGUUGCCAUAUUUAAGCAAUCUUGCUCUUUCCUCAAACAACCGAAUGUGUGGAGAGUCGGAAAUGAGUUUUCAAAAGACUGUUUCUCCCUUGGAUCCAAGACGGAGGCAUUUAACCUUGCACAAUUACAAACGGGAAGGCACCUUAGCCGUAUUUGAGGCUUACUUCCAGUUUCCUGAAACCUUCCAGCCAGUGACGUUUUUCUCCCCAUAUUCAGAACCAAUCCUGCCAUCCCCUGGCCUCUCUCCUUGUCUGUGACUGGACAGCAGUAGGAAAUUUGUGAACUAAAGUACACAGUGAAAUACUGUGUGUAAACCAGAGGGGGGCUGACUGAGGUGUCUCACAUAAAAGGAGGCUGCUUGGGCUUUGCAAAGCCUGACUGAGGAUUAUUUAAAGUAGAAACUGUGUGGAACAAGACGGAUCAGAGUACCUGCAGUGUUAUGGGAGCUAGCAGGAUUUAUUGAAUGACAUUAAAUAUGGAAAUGGAGGACACUCUUGAAUAUCUAAUGAAUAGAUAUGGGUUCAUAAAACAUGUUUGUUCUUGCUGAACAUUAUAUAUUUUUCCCUUUUUUGGCCUUUUUGAUAAAUAGAAUGUUUCUAAUAUGUUUUUCCUCAUUUUGUUCAAAUUUGGAAACAUAUUAAUUGUAGCUUUUGAUUUCAAAGACUUACUAAGAGUUUAAGGAUAUAUGAUUUGCUUGUCUCCCAGAGAUUUAUUUAUUUAAAUUAACAUUUGAGAGGGUGAGGAAGGAAAGAAAGGCCAAGGGCGCAGACUGGAAUCAAUAGAGCUGCUGGUGAAUGAUAGCACAUACGAACAGAAGUGAAAGGAAGGAGAGAGAAGAGAACAGGCAGAGGUUGCCUCACCUUCGUUAAGCUCAGGUGAAGAGUCAUGAAGAAUCGACAAUAACAAAGGGGAACUGUUAAGAUUGAUAAGAAUGCAAUAUUUAUUUAUAAAUGUGUUACUGUUUCAGAGUACACUGUAUGUUGUAAAUAAAUAAACAUGCUUCAAAGUGCUUGUGAAUAAGAUUGCAGAUCACUAGCUAACAUCAUGGUAAUAUUUUGUACAUUUUACAGUGCAAAUAUAGUACAAAACACUAUCCACCACAAUGUGAAAGUGAUCUUUUAUUGAUUCUUUUUUAUAAAGAUGUUCCUGUCUUUGUUUCAAGUAUUGAAUAAGUUCUUGUCUUUGUACAGGGUAGGAAUCAGUUUACCUCCUACCUACCUAAUGAGAUGUAAAAAUGGAGGCAAUCCAUUGUGCAUCACACUUAAAAUUGCUUGAGGAUAGUAAGAGAUUUCACUUUCAGAAAGGAAAACCAAAUCAAAUGUUAUGAGGUUAGUACAAGGGAAACCAAAGGAAUGCCAGGUUUGAUACCAGUACUAACCAUCUGUAUUUUCAAUAAUUAAAGAAACAUAAUAAAAAUGCAUAUUGAAAUUACAACAACAAAUGAUGGGGUCUGAAACAUAGGGGACUGAAAGAAAGGAGAUCUGGGAUAUACAAAUUGAGGAGAUCUGAGCUGACUCCAAGUGGGAGAACUAAAUGGGAUGCACAUCCUCCACCAAACAAUAGAUAUGUUUGACUGAUGAUGAUCAAUGUUCUGUGCUGUGAUUGAAAGGAUCAGUCGAACAGGUACAAGUUCAAUUGCCACUUAAGGAGUAAGUGUAGCAGUGCUCUCAGAUGAAAAACAUUUUGACUCUUAACAUGCUAGAACUGUGAAAUAAAUCAUACAUACAACCUGUGACACAAAUCCUACAUGUUAUAUCAUUAAAACUGUAUGUAUGUCAACUGAAAAAAGGCAAUUUUUGAGAGAUUCUUUUUGGGGCAUUUCAGAAAAAGAUCUAUCUACUGUAUGUUUACUGCAGAUUACUGCAUUCUUACUGCUGAAGUUUGGCACAUUUCUUAAGAGGAGUUGUUUAAAAAGCAUAAAGGUUUGGCUUCUUUGGCAUCUUUGCAGUUGUCAGAAAUGCCAUGAUAGCAGUUGAUUGCCACUUGAGAUCAGAAUUUAGUGUUAAUUCAAAUAAUUAGAUCAGAUAUUUUUUUCACACAGAGGUGCACAAACUAGUUCCAUGGUUCUCUCAGAGGCAGUUUGGCUGAUAUACAGUACAUGGACAUGGAUGGUUCAUAUCUUAUGGCAUUUUAUUUUCAUCAAAUCUUAUGUUAGUAAGGCAAACUGUGUCAUAUGAACGUAAGACUGAGGUUUUGAGAUAGACCUGGUGCCUUUGAACUGAAAGUGUCACUUUCUGCAUACAGUAUAUGGUGCUGCCGUAUUUUUCCAAGAGAAAACAAGGAGGACUUGUUUUCAGAGGGUAGUUUUCCAUUACUAGCUAAUGUAGGUAUCCCUUCUCAUACCCCGUCUGGGAAAAACACUCCAGUGAAGUGAAUAUACUAUUGUACAACCACAUUAGUUCUGCAUACUGAAACACACAUCUCUCAACCAAAUUGUUCUCAAAUCAGUGCAUGUACAGUAUCUUAUGUUGUAGCAAGCACCUAAUGGUGGAAAUAGAAGAAGCAUUUUUCUAAACAAUUCCUCACAGAUGAAGCCAAGGCACAGCAGCAGUUCAGCCAGCAGGCAUAUAGGUAAAAAGAAAAUGGGACAAUGGUUACAUCUGACUGUGCUGAAGAAAAACAAAAUCCAACCACUAAAAGGCAUUUUUCAAUUUGUGUUCAGUUAUUAUGCCGUCACACUGGGAGGUACACUUGAGCUGUAUUCAAAUGUGCUACAGGUAGAGGAGUAGCUAGUGGACAGAAGCCUAAGGUUUUUAGUUAAGUUGUUUUUAUUUUUGCUAUUGUCAUUGUUUAAACAUGUUCCUUGGAGGCCA